GAAUUAUUAUUAAGUUUGGUUCCAAAUUUUUUGGAAGCCAAUACUUAUCAAUAUGUCCUCUUUUUAAGGAAUUAAAAAACCAAUUAUUUCCUUCUGAUGCAAUCUUUUUCUACCUAACAAAAUGUGCUAUUUUUAUUCAAAAGCAACUGUACAGAUCGUUUGCAGUAACAAUUUUUCCUGUUUUUUUUUUUAUGAAAAACAUCAUACAUAUCCUUUCCUUCCCAUCGAACCCCACUCAGCACUUUAACAAAAUAUGUCCUCUUUUUAAGGAAUUAAAAAACCAAUUAUUUCCUUCUGAUGCAAUCUUUUUCUACAUAACAAAAUGUGCUAUUUUUAUUCAAAAGCAACUGUACAGAUCGUUUGCAGUAACAAUUUUUCCUGUUUUUUUAUUUAUGAAAAACAUCAUACAUAUCCUUUCCUUCCCAUCGAACCCCACUCAGCACUUUAACAAAAUGUGCUAUUUUCAAUGAAAGACACUAAACAGAUCGUUUCCACUAUUCAAUCCUCCCCUACCUAACAAUAUUUCCUGUUUUUUAUGAAAAACAUCAUACAUAUCCCUUCCUUUCCAUCAAACACUACUCAUCGGUUUUUGUCCCUUCAUUCUAUAUAUACAUCACAACCUAAUAGCAAUAUAAUCUGGUUCUAAGUAAGCAUCUUCCUUUUUCAAAAACGCCAAACAAAAAUGUCUAGCAUAUACACCCCACUAUCAGCUGUUUCUGGAGGAAGGAAGAACCUGAAGAUGUGUGUGCGUGUUGCUCACAUUUGGUUAAUUCCAGCUAAAAAAGAUCCAACUAACAUCGUAUUCAUGAACAUGCUGCUGGUGGAUGCAAAGGGUGGACGUAUCCACGCCACAGUUAGAAAGGAUUUGGUGGCAAGAUUCAGGUCAAUGGUUGAGGAAGGGGCUACAUAUGAGCUUCACAAUGCAAUCGUCGCUAUUAAUGAAGGUCCAUAUAAGAUAACUUCCCACAAACACAAACUUGGUAUGCUGCACAACUCAAGUUUUACGAAAAAAGACUUACCUACUAUCCCUAUCAAUGUUUUUGAUUUCAUGUCAUUCAAUGAAAUCCUCUCUUCAAAUGUCGAGGAGACAUCUGCUGAUGUUAUUGGUCAUGUAAUUGAAAGGGGUGAUGUAAAGGAAACUGAAAAUGAGGGCAGGAAGAGCAAAGUGAUUGAUUUGACUUUGCAAGAUUUGGAGAACAACCGUUUGCAUUGCUCUCUUUGGGGUGAACAUGCUGACAAAAUUGUGAGCUUUUUUGUUAACCACGACAACUCUUCUCCUGUUGUAUUGAUAUUGCAGUUUUGCAAGACACGCAAAUAUUUAGGUGCAAUGGGGAUUGUUAAUGCGUUUUAUGGGACUAAAUUGAUACUUAACGGCGAUUUACCUGAAGUUGCUACUUACAUCGCACGUAUGAAAAAAACAUCGCUCCAGUUGACCCAAAGUGUUAGCCAGAUUUCCAUAAACAGCUCUGCAUCUCUUUCGGAUGACUUGCUCAACACCAAGAGAAUGACAAUCGAAAGUAUGAUUGAGUCAACUCAGGUGUGUCAAGGUUCGGUACUUGCCACUAUAUGUGAGAUCGAAACUGAGGUUGAUUGGUACUUUCGAUCGUGUACCCAAUGUGCUACAUUGGUCACUGUUGACAAUGGAAUGCUCCGGUGUCGCAAGUGCAAAACUUGCAAAAGUGCUGUGCCUAGGUUCAAGCUGCAUGUCAUUGUGAUGGACGAUACAGGGUCAACUACUUUUGUUCUUUUUGAUCGCCAAGUGACGCAAUUUAUUGGGCGUAAUGUGCAGGACUUAAUCAAUGAACAUGAGAAGGGAGAAGGCACCAAUGAUUAUCCUCCUGAUUUUAAUGUGCUUAUUGAAAAGCAAGUUCUUUUCAAGGUUGAGGUUGGUGAAGGAAAUGUCGUGAAGAAGUAUAGGAAUUAUGCCGUUAAGAAGGCAUCUGACGAUGUUGGUGUCAUCGAACAGUUCAUGUCUAAGUAUAAUUUGGAGAAACCCAACGAUGGAUCUGUUGAAGAGCUUAGUGUGAAUGGUGUUGCAGCAAACAAUUAUAAUGUUCAGGAUGUACAAGAGGUUGAAGACUCAUGCAGCAAUACCUGUGUGAUUGGCACACCAACCAGCAAGACAGGUCUUAAGCGGUCCUCUGAUAGCAUUGACUCUGUGGCUGUUGAUCACGGUGAAGCUGGUCAGGCAUCGGUUACAAAACCUAACAGGGCUGUUCGUGUCAAGAUUGAGCCUAAAGACACUAGAGUUGUUUAACUUGCUCUAAUGCUGGAACUAUCUGCUUUGUUACCGAAUUUCUUCAAUCUCCACGAAUCAGACAUUUAGGAUUCAGUGUUUUUCCUUUAUUUUUUUACAUUUUGGUCUUUAAUUUUCAUUGUACUGCUGUGUUGGUUGUACUUGCUUAGCUCUGCAAACUUUUGUCAGUACACUUAAAUAAAGUUUUGUUCAAGCAUGACUGUGGUAAUAUUAGUCAAC